AGGAUCCCUCGAUGACUCUUGACAUCCCUCUGGGAGUGAUCAGUCGAGUUGAAAAGAUAGGUGGCCAGUCAAGCAGGGGUGAAAAUUCCUAUGGACUGGAAAUCACUUGUAAAGAUAUGCGCAACCUGAGGUUUGCACUUAAACAGGAAGGUCGCAGCAGAAAAUCCAUGUUUGAAAGUCUUACAAAACAUGCAUUUCCUAUUUCAAGUGGUUUGCAAUUUUUUGCAUUUGAAAAUAAAGAAACUUAUCCUGAAGAUGGCUGGAAAGUUUAUGUUCCAAUUGAAGAAUUUAAGAGGCAGGGUUUACCAGAUGAAAAACGAAAAUGGAGAAUCACAAACAUAAAUCAAAACUAUGAGCUUUGUGACACUUAUCCACCAAUCUUAGCGGUUCCAGCCAGUGCCAGUGAUGAUGAUCUGCGAAAAGUUGCAGCCUUUAGGUCUAAGGGACGAUUACCGGUGUUAUCUUGGAUACAUCCUGACAAUCAGGCUGUGAUUGUGCGUUGUAGUCAGCCUCUGGUUGGCAUGAGUGGGAAACGCAGCAAGGAUGAUGAAAAGUAUCUUGACAUUAUUAGAGAGUCCAAUGGGCAGACCCAGAAGUUAACCAUCUUUGAUGCAAGACCAAGCGUCAAUGCAGUAGCCAAUAAGGCCACAGGAGGGGGCUAUGAAGGUGAUGAUGCCUAUCAGAGAGCAGAGGUCAUCUUUCUCGACAUUCACAAUAUUCACGUGAUGAGGGAAUCUCUGAGGAAAUUAAAGGACAUUGUGUACCCAAGUGUCGAAGAAUCCCACUGGCUGUCGAGCCUUGAGUCAACGCACUGGUUAGAACAUAUUAAGUUUGUCUUGGCAGGGGCAAUUCGAGUAGCAGAUAAAGUUUCAUCUGGGAAAAGUUCAGCAUUGAUACACUGCAGUGAUGGCUGGGACCGUACCGCACAGCUUACUUCUUUGGCACUACUCAUGCUUGAUAGCUAUUAUCGAACAACAAAAGGUUUUGAAGUACUUAUUGAAAAGGAGUGGAUAAGUUUUGGGCACAAAUUUGCAACGAGAAUAGGACACGGUGACAAGAACCAUGCAGAUGCAGAUCGCUCUCCUAUAUUUCUGCAGUUCAUUGACUGUGUUUGGCAAAUGACAAAGCAAUUUCCUACAGCAUUUCAGUUUAACGAGCUUUUCCUGAUUACCAUUCUGGAUCAUCUGUACAGCUGCCGAUUUGGAACCUUCCUUUAUACCUGUGAGCAACAGCGAUCGAAAGAGGAGUUGCGAAAAAGGACCGUAUCCUUAUGGUCAUAUAUGAACAGUGAAAUGGACAAGUACAUCAAUCCCUUUUAUACAAAAGACCAACAUCGUGUUCUCUAUCCAGUAGCCAGCAUGCGGCACCUAGAUCUCUGGGUGAACUAUUACAUCCGAUGGAAUCCUUGGUUCAGGCAGCAGCAGGACCCAGUUCAACAGCGAUACAAAGAGUUGUUGGUUGUACGAGAGCAGUUGCUGAAGAAGCUAGAGGAGCUGCAGAUUUCAGACACUGCAACAGGAAUGCUUCCCCAUGUCUCUAAUUCAUCACCUUCAUCUUCUCCAGUGCCAGUAUCUCCACACUCUCAGACAAUGCUUUGAGAUGUGUGUGUGGACAAUUCCGAAUACUUACAGUACUGAUUACUUAGAGACUCUUUAAAAAAACCUCAUUUAAGCUAUAUUGCAGCAUGUUAAAAGAAUGCUGGCUAGGGUCGUUGAUUUAUUUGCAUGUUAAUACUAUAAUUUCUCUUUCUACAAAAAGUGAAUUAAAGAUAUUUUGAUAAAUGGC